AUGGCGUCGCUGAGUGACAAAUCAGUUUGGGAUGAAGUGGAGGAUGGAAUCGGUGAAGAAGUGUUAAAAAUGUCCACAGAGGAGAUAGUCCAGCGGACUCGUCUCCUCGACAGUGAGAUAAAGAUAAUGAAGAGCGAGGUGCUGAGAGUGACCCACGAGCUCCAGGCUAUGAAAGAUAAGAUCAAAGAAAACACGGAGAAGAUCAAAGUGAACAAAACCCUGCCGUACCUGGUCUCCAAUGUGAUCGAGCUGCUGGAUGUGGACCCCAACGACCAGGAGGAGGACGGGGCGAACGUGGAUCUGGACUCUCAGAGAAAAGGAAAGUGCGCUGUCAUUAAGACGUCCACCCGGCAGACCUACUUCCUCCCGGUGAUCGGGCUGGUGGACGCGGAGAAGCUGAAGCCCGGGGACCUGGUGGGUGUCAACAAAGACUCCUACCUGAUCCUCGAGACCCUACCCACCGAGUACGACUCCAGAGUCAAGGCCAUGGAGGUGGAUGAGCGACCCACAGAGCAGUACAGCGACAUAGGAGGACUGGACAAGCAGAUCCAGGAGCUGGUGGAGGCCAUCGUGCUGCCCAUGAACCACAAGGAGAAGUUUGAAAACCUGGGUAUCCAGCCACCCAAAGGGGUCCUGAUGUAUGGACCACCUGGCACAGGGAAGACUCUCCUGGCCAGAGCCUGCGCUGCUCAGACCAAAGCUACCUUCCUGAAGCUGGCUGGUCCUCAGCUGGUCCAGAUGUUCAUCGGGGAUGGAGCCAAGCUGGUGAGAGACGCCUUCGCCCUGGCCAAAGAGAAGGCCCCAUCCAUCAUCUUCAUUGAUGAGCUGGACGCCAUCGGAACCAAGAGGUUUGACAGCGAGAAGGCAGGAGACAGAGAGGUGCAGAGGACCAUGCUGGAGCUGCUCAACCAGCUGGAUGGAUUUCAGCCCAACAUGCAGGUCAAGGUAAAGUUGCAACCACCAUAACCAUCCUAGAAUCAGUUUCCAUUGAUAUAUCAUAUGUGCAGUGUAUGAAUCCAUUUAACAAGAUUGUGUAUAAAUCCUUUAUCUUAUGGUGAUGCAGCUUAUCUAAGUCUAGAAAAGCUAAAAUACAAGACAAAUUAAGGUGUAUCUGUAACUCCAAUCAGUUAGAUUUACUGGAUCCUACAGUCCAGUAUUAGCUCUACAUUGUCAUGUCAACAAAAUCUGGAAGUCAAGACGCUAUCCUGAAAGUAGAAUUUGUGGAAGAGCUGUUUUAUUGGGUUGAAUUAAUUUGACCAGGUGUUUAUUAUGUUAUACAAAUAUCAAAAUACAACUACAAAAUCUUUUGUGAAAACAGUGGCACAAACAACAAUGCGUAAAAUAUAGUAAACCUUUGUUAUGGUGCAAGAUCCAGAUUUAUCAAAGGAAUAAUUCAUUAAAAACAAAUAUGAAUUGAAAAUGAAUAUUGAAUUUCCCUUAGGGGGUCAAUAUAGUUUUUGUUUUUCAAAAAUAUUGAAGUUUGGAUAUCAUAGAACUUCUCUUUUUUUUUUAUGGAAGGGACGAGACUUCAGUUUUUGUAAAGUGCUACUCUAAAAGUUAUAGGCACAGAUUCCCAACUUGGGGAAUUAUGUUUGAAAAAAGUUUGGAGCUAAUCUGUGUUUGUCCACCUUGGCACCACUAAUUAGUAUAAAGACUGCAGUUUAACUACAUAUAUUUCAUGUUUUAGGUAAUCGCUGCCACCAACAGAGUGGACAUCUUGGACCCUGCUCUGCUCCGUUCAGGCCGUCUGGACAGGAAGAUUGAGUUCCCCAUGCCAAAUGAAGAGGCCAGAGCCCGCAUCAUGCAGAUUCACUCCCGCAAGAUGAAUGUCAGUCCUGACGUCAACUACGAAGAGCUGGCUCGAUGCACCGAUGACUUCAAUGGGGCUCAGUGUAAGGCUGUGUGUGUGGAGGCUGGUAUGAUCGCGCUGCGUCGUGGGGCCACAGAGCUGAACCAUGAAGACUACAUGGAGGGAAUCCUGGAAGUCCAGGCCAAGAAAAAGGCUAACCUGCAGUACUACGCCUGA